UUUUUUUUUUUUUUUUUUACAAUUUGGCCACUGCUAACACACUCUCGUCAGCUUCGGAAGUGUGUGGUGAAUAGCUGAUUGAGUGGAUCAGGGAGGUACAUGCUGGGAUACUACUUCAGAAAGGUUGCCAUAGGUACCAGGAACGGCUGGUAAAUGAAACUUUCCGAAAGAAAUAUUAAUUUGUGGUUUCUAUGACUCCAUUCAUUCUUGGAUCCAAAUAUAUCCAGAAUAUAUUCAACAUGAAAUGAUUUGAAUUUUUGGCAUAUUAAUGGAAUGAUCACCAGUUGCCGGAGUCUGACCAUCUGUGCAGGACCAUCACAGAUGCUUAUAUUAGAGACGUCCAUCAUCCAUUAGGUCCAUUAAAGCAGCAUUAUACCACAUGUUACCUUGUUACCAUGACAGACCACCAUUAUAUGGCUUAUAGGUGAAUUAUAUUACAUUCUGACUCAUUAUCAACACAUACAGUAUAAUUAUUUACCAUCAGGAACGAGUGUGUGAUUUUUAACAGUUUGUUUUAAAUAAAAAUAUCAUUGGCUGGUUGAUUUGUGCAUUUCGCAACGGCUAAAUCAGUGCACUGUAUUAACUGAAUGUUUUCUUCUUCUUAGCACUAUUAGCUAGCUGAACGAUCUGUGUGUGUGUGUGACUUCCUUUCUCACUUUGCUCACUUUUCUGUGUUCUUAUGUCAGAGGGGGCCAGUCUCUCUCUCUCUCUCUCUCUCUCUCUCUCUCUCCCUCUCUCUCUAUAAGGUGACCUGCUCCAGCUGUGAUCCUCUAUAAAGCUCCACAAGCCACACACUCACACCGGCUCUCUGCGGAUUUAACUCCAGAUUUCUAACCGGUGACUCAAUUCCCUGAGCGAGAGGUGGAACACACAGUAAAAAAAAAAAAAAAAGACAAAAAAAAAAGAGGAGUCUAUGGAUAUCUGACUGCUGUGGACUGACUCUUUGAAGCUGCUGCAGGAUUAAUCCUUUUUAAUCACCUGGAAUAUUAGAAAUUCUUCUUUUUCCCUCAGGAUCUGAGCAGGACGGUGAGAAAAUGUUUUCUCCAAGGAGUGGAAGGAUGCAAGCAGUUGUGUGCAGCGUGCUGCUGUUUACUCUCAGUGCUGCUGGAGAAGUGAUGCGAGGCUGUUCGGGGCCGUGCUCGUGCCCCCUGACGCCCCCCUCGUGCCCGGUGGGAGUGAGCUUGGUGCUGGAUGAGUGUGGCUGCUGUAAGGUGUGUGCACAGCAGUUUAACCAGGACUGCGGCCUGGACAAACCCUGCGACUACAUUAAAGGCCUGCGCUGCCACCUAGGGGCUGGAGGAGACCCGCAACGCGGCCUGUGCAGGGCUGACACUCAGGGUCGGCCGUGCGAGUUCGGCGGUCGCGUGUACCAGCACAGCGAGGAUUUCCAGCCCAGCUGUGAGCACCAGUGCAGCUGCAUGGACGGCGUGGUGGGUUGCAUGCCACUCUGUCCACACCGUGUCCCCCUGCCUGCCUGGCACUGCGCCAACCCCCGCCUGGAGACGCCACCAGGCCGCUGCUGCGAGGAGUGGGUGUGUGACGACGACAACCGCAUCAAUGAAGCGCCCCGUGACUCGCCGCCUGCGCAGCCACACGUGAACCACAUCAACAAACUGCUGCACACUUUCAUGGAAAGAUCAGGAGACGCCUUUCAAGAGUGGACAUCACUGUCCGUAUCUCGAGUUCCUUUUCCAUCCUCCAAGUGUGUUCCUCAGACCACAGACUGGUCCGAGUGCUCCGCCUCCUGUGGCUUCGGCAUCUCCAGCCGUGUGACCAACACGAACCCGCAGUGUAAACUGGUCCGAGAGACACGUCUCUGUCAGAUCCACAAGUGUGACACUGUGCUGGCUGUCGGGAAAGGGAAGAAAUGCAGACGGACGCUGAGGUCCCGAGAGCCGGAGCACAUCUCGUUCGGUGGCUGCACCACAGUGAGGCGGUACAGGCCCAAAACAUGUGGCUCGUGCACUGAUGGCAGAUGCUGUCGUCCAUCUGAGACUCGCACCGUACGUCUGCGCUUCCGCUGUCCAGACGGAGAAAGCAUCACACACAACGUCAUGUGGAUCCAACGCUGUCACUGCAGCAAGAGCUACUGCAGCGCAAACGGAGACAACUCGCCUCCUUCUGUUAUCCUGCACAACGACAUCCACACCUUCUCACACUGAUCACACACACAUUACACACUAUCAUCUGCACCCUCAUUAAAGGAGGAGUCUGAUGAUAAAAAAAACUUUCAGUUAAGACGUAUUUCGUGUCUGAAGUUUGCUUCUUUAGCUUCUUUUUUGCACUGUCACUACGAUGCUAAUUCAGCUAACAAAUAAGUAGAAGCAGAAGUCUAUCUCAUGCAAAAUUAUUUCCAUAAAAGGAUACACAUCCAGCUAUUUAUAUACUAGCUUUAGGUGACAUUGUUAAACUUCAGUAAGUUACUCCAGACACCAGGCAGUGGAAAAAGCAGUGAGGCAGACGGCAAAGAAAGCAGCUAAAUGUAUGUCUGAAAAUAUUUCAGACCCGACGAAGCCGAUUCUAUAGUCAACUGCGUGACACUACACUUAAAAAAGUCACUGUCAAAGUUAACACUUUAUUACGUUACAUAAAGUGGUGUGUGCAAGGCAGGUUUUUAAUCCCACCCACUCCUGAAGGAAUUCCUCCCGUCGUUUUUUUGUUGCGGAAUAAAAUUGAAAUGAAAUCCGU